CUUCAUGGCAUCCUCUGGGCCCACGGCUCCGGCCCCUCCGCCGCUGGCCGCCCAACCUCACAACUCGACUCCCGCUCCAGCGAGCCAGCAGCAGGGUCAUCCAUCAUUCCGCCGCCAGCGCGCCAGCAGAGCCUGCGAAACUUGCCAUGCCCGCAAAGUCCGAUGCGACGCCGCGAGCCUCGGUGUACCAUGCACCAAUUGCACAGCCUUUGCCAUUGAAUGCCGCAUCCCCGCACCAAAGCGAAAGAAGACUCAAGCCAGGUUAAAGGAUGAGAACAGCCAGCAGGGCGACGGCCAAACCGACGGCACCUCGCCCGCCACCAGCACCACACCCGCCGCCGCCGAUACACGAGACAAGACCAUCGUGUACAACUCCCCGAAUGGCACUCCAUCCGCAGCCGAGUCGAGCGCAUAUGCAGCCCAGCAAGCGACCUAUAAUGGGACCUACGUGCAGUUCAUGAAACCCAAGUUUGCGAGAGCGCCCAUAAAAGAAGCAGGGCGCGUGGCCUAUCUUGGGGAGUCGUCCAACCUGUCACUGCUCGUUCAUGACCGUCACGGUAACACGGACGUGGUUCACUAUCCACUUCCUGAAAAUGUCAGAGGCACAAAGGCACGCUCCAACGACUUGGACAACCUUGAGAUCGAUAUCCUGCACAAGCGGGGAGCAUUUUUGCUCCCGCCCCGCUCGCUAUGCGACGAACUUGUAGACGCUUUCUUCAAAUGGGUGGCACCGGUGGUUCCCGUUAUCAAUCGCAGUCGGUUUAUGCGUCAAUACCGGGACCCGAAAAACCCGCCGUCUCUGCUCCUCCUUCAGGCGAUUCUUCUCGCGGGCUCUCGCGUAUGCACGAAUCCUCAGUUGAUGGACGCCAAUGGCUCGACUACGCCAGCCGCCAUGACCUUCUACAAGCGAGCCAAGGCUCUGUACGAUGCAAACUACGAGGACGAUCGUGUAACGAUUGUACAGUCUGUUAUAUUGAUGGGAUGGUACUGGGAAGGCCCUGAAGAUGUCACAAAGAAUGUCUUCUACUGGAGCAGGGUGGGUAUUGUUAUCGCGCAAGGGUCUGGGAUGCACAGAAGCGUCGAAGGUUCCCAGCUCAGUAGAUCCGAUAAACGACUCUGGAAAAGGAUAUGGUGGACCCUCUUUUCCCGUGACCGCUCGGUUGCCGUGGCGCUUGGACGGCCUGUAGCGAUCAACCCGAAUGAUUCGGAUGUGGAGAUGAUCUCGCCCGAGGACUUCAUCGAGGAUGAACCAGAUCGCCCUGCGGAAUACCCUCCAGACCCGGUCCAUGUCAACUUUUUCAUCAAUUACGUCAAGUUGACAGAAAUCAUGGGAUUGGUUCUCUCCCAGCAAUACUCGGUUGCUUCCAAAUAUCGCAGAAACAACGCCCUUGACUUGACGCACAGCGACAUGGCGCUUGCAGACUGGUUACAGAACUGUCCACCAGAUGUGCAGUGGGAUAGGAACCGUCACCACUUCUGGGCGGCUCUGUUGCAUUCCAACUACUAUACCACUCUCUGUCUGCUCCACCGAGCCCAUAUGCCACCCGCUGGUUCGCCAAAGAACGGACUCGAUAGCCACGAAGAAGCCGCGUAUCCGUCGCGAAACAUCGCGUAUCAGGCGGCCGGCAUGAUCACUUCCAUCAUUGAGAAACUUCGAGAUAACGGUGAAUUGCGGUACACGCCCGCCUUCAUCGUGUACAGCCUGUUUUCGGCACUAAUCAUGCAUGUCUACCAAAUGCGUUCCUCAAACAAAUCCAUUGUUGCAGCUACGGAACAGCGCCUCGAAAUCUGUAUGGACGCAUUAAAGGAGGUUUCCAAGGUCUGGCUUGUCGCUAAGAUGGUCCACACCUUAUUCGAGUCCAUCCUUGGAAAUAAGCACUUGGAGGAACGUCUUCAGAAAGCAGCCGGAAAACGCCACCAGCGCAAUAAACCUUCCGGCCCGCCUCCAGUGCAAAAACCUGCGCAGGAUCCACACAAACGCAAGUUUGACGAAAUGGACCUUGGUUUCGCCAAUACCACACCUGCACAGCAGGUCUCAUAUGAAAGGUCAAGACCGCAGACACCAGCCGUUACACCUUCUCGGGAGUUGCCACAGCACAACAUUCCCCAGAUGACUGCUGGCUCACCGCAUAUGGCGAGACAGAACAACGACGCCUUCAUGGGUCCCUCGCGGUCGGGCACACGGCCUACAACGCCAUUCAAUCCGUCCUACUCGUACCCUGGAACCCCCCCUGACCUCUAUCUAGUUACACGAAACUCACCGAAUAUCUCGCAGGAGUUAUGGCAGAACUUCCAACCCGAUCAACUAUUUCCGGCCGAUACCCAUGUGAGCUUUCCGCAAAUCUCGCCGGCGCAGAACCAUAAUACUUUGGUGGAUCCCGCGUUGUCAAGGCCGCAAUACUCACAGAACACGGGCGUGCAGCAGAACCUGCCUAACAUGGGAAAUCAGCAUCCCGGCAUGCCCAUGGCUGGCUUCGAUCAGAACGAUCCUCAGGCUUGGGCUCAUCAAGUGGACAUUAUGGCGCAGAACCAGCAAGGUGCCUCGACGGAUGACGCUUGGAGCAGCAGCAGCAACGGACCAGGGAAUCCGAUAGUGCCCACGACACUAAACGUGGAAGAUUGGUAUGCCUUCCUUCAACCCAACUCCGCCAGUAUCCCCGACGAGCUUUCGAACCUUUAUGGCAACCACCCUUCCGCGUUCCUUGCCUGAUAUGUAUUUCUGUUUGUUUGGUUCAUAGCUGACGAUGAUUGGUAUAAAGGUUCAAUUUCUUUGGCAUCAAUGGCGGAGACGAUUCCUUUCAGGGACAUUUCGGUGUAUAAGGUCGAUGGACUUGGGAUCCCUUUUUUGGUCCUGUGCGCUCUACGGCUGGGGUUUCCCGUUAUGAUGGUCACAAA